CAAUGCUAAAGCCACUUUGACCACGUGGAAUCACGUGUGCUUAUAAUUAAGGGUGUGGCCAGAAUUGCUCCACGUCCACCUGUGAAUGUGAUGGCUCUACUAAGGUUCCUUAGAGACAGACAAGAGAGUAUAAAUAUUUGUGAACACACGCGAUUGCAGUGGAAAGUGUUCAAGCAGCUGGUACGGCCGCGCUGCAUUCCUCUUGGUAGUGUAUUGGGGGACUCAGGACGAGAACUUCUUGAAGAUCAUGUACUCAUUGGAUUCUCCUAUUAUGGCCCCUACCUCAUCUCCUACAAACCCUCUGGUCCUUUUAAUGACAGAGAGUUCUCACUACACUGGUGGCUAGUGGACCUUGGACAACCUUUAAAAUUGGUGAAGAGCUGCAAUUUGUUUGAAGGCUUUAGCUUUGGAACCAUUGAUACCGAUCUUAGAAUUACUGAACUUAAGUUGUGUGUGUGUCAAAAAGACGAAGAGAAUGUCUUUGUUUUUGGCUACGAAGACAAAGAUGACUCUGAAGCUAAAGACUUCUAUAUUUCCAUUCUUUCUCCUCCACCUUCCAAUCCAACUGAACUAAACAGAGAUCAGGCUAGUCCCUCGGUACAUUUGAAAUACCAAGCACUCCCUCCUUAUCCUCUCUUUGACCCAACUCUCUCACUCCAGCUCCAAGACACAAUUCUUGUUAAUACUGGUUGUACAAUUGUUGCUAUAGAAAAAUCUCGUUCUCCUCCAUUGCCUUCUCUUUCCCCUUCAUCUGCUCUUUCUGCUGGUGGUGUUGGCUGUACCAUUGUCCAUCAGUCUUUCCUUCUUCCUAGAGGAGAUAAUGCCUCAGCUACUAAUGUCUAUUCAUCCUUAACUUCUCUUUCCCAAGUUGUAUUACCAGUUGAAGUCUAUUAUAAAGAAAGGGCUCUGGUUGAAGUAUCUUUGCCUUCCAGUUCAUCAACUGAUCCUGAGAUGAGAGUUAAUGUCUCCCAGUAUUGCUUUGAUAUAGAGCCAUGGCUUGUAUCAACGUUAGAAGAUAUUCUUUUAAAAACAGUUCAUGUCAACUUGAGUUCACUAAAUGACUAUGAAAUGAUAAUAUGUCGAGUUUGUCCAGAAGAUAAAAUUGUUUGUUUGUUAGUGAAGGUUAAUGCAGCUAGUUUUUCUGAAGGAACUCCCCUAUACCAAGGCUAUUCCAUAAAACUAAUGUGUGAAUGGAAUUUACUGAAGAAUGAAGCCAGACUCAUCACUCACUCGCAUCCUCUUCCAAUAUCACUUACUCAGCUCAAUAAGCCACUUGAUGGACGUUCUUUUGAAAUAGACAAGUCUGAUUUAUUAUUUUAUUCUCCAGUCCAUGGAAUCACUAACAGUUCUGUUUUAUCAACUGGAGAAAGUCUGCUCAGACUUGAUCAUGACUUUUUACCAUUGUGUUUAGUUUAUAGUGAGCCAGACUAAAGGCAAGUCCCUUUAUUAGUUCAACUUGUGAUUGUAGUCACUGAUAGAAUGAUUGCAUCUCAAUGUAUCAUUAAUGAUUUUUGCUUUUUAAAUCAUGCUAUAAUUUUAUGUGAAUUAUUGGCUUAAUAUUUUUAACAACUGAUUUUAUUUAUUAAUAA